AUGGUUGUUACUAAACCCCAGAGGAGAUCCAGGAGACCAGAUGGAACAUCUAUUACUCUUCAUGAACGGAAGGAUGGACUUCCAGAGAACAAGAAAACCAGCACCCCUAGUGGUGACACUGGCAACAAGGGCACAAUCAGCAGCACUGAGAAUAAACCCACACCCACUGGUUCUCUCAAAGUGCCUCCAAACUUUGUGCUCUCUAAAAAGAUUCUGAAAAAGAUUGAGCAUAGGAUGGAGUAUGUGAAGAAGCAGGAGAGUCUGCCUCCCCCUCCCAGCCCACUGAGGAAGGCGUCAGUCAGGGCAGCUCUGAACGGAGUCCCCUUCAUCGAGGCUGUCAAAACUUCCACGCCUAAAGUCAAGCCUGCUCACAGAGAGGCCAAGGCCCAGAAAGCCAAGACCUCCAAAUCAGACUAUAACUUCAACACUACUGCCCAGACAAUACAGCCAGCAUGCCAGCCACAGAACAACCCAGAGCCUGCUAGCAAACCAGACAAACCACCUGGAACUUUAGCAACACCCGUCCCAAAUGCUGCCUCAUCUGUCCCAAACAACUUGUCCUUUUCUCUUGGGACAACCACACCUUCAGCACAAACCCAGAAAGAGAAACGGUCUAAAACCCAACCUCAGACUAAAGCAGCCCCUGAGGCUCAGGGCGCUGGUAGCACCUCGACCAGUUGCACCACGAGCAUCACCGGUAAACCAGCGGGGACAGGAAGCAGCAGCCAGCUCACCUUCACUCCCAACUCUGUGAGCGGACGUGCCCAGGCUGCCAGACUGAGGCUGAAGCAGAUGAGAGAGGACAAGUCCAGGGCUCAGCCAGCAGAGGACAGGUCCAGGGCUCAGCCAGCAGAGGACAGCAGAGAGGACAGGUCCAGGGCCCAGCCAGCAGAGGACAGCAGAGAGGACAGGUCCAGGGCUCAGCCAGCAGAGGACAGCAGAGAGGACAGGUCCAGGGCUCAGCCAGCAGAGGACAGGUACAGGGCUCAGCCAGCAGAGGACAGCAGAGAGGACAUGUCCAGGGCCCAGCCAGCAGAGGGCAGCAGAGAGGACAGGUCCAGGGCCCAGCCAGCAGAGGGCAGCAGAGAGGACAGGUCCAGGGCUCAGCCAGCAGAGGACAGCAGAGAGGACAGGUCCAGGGCUCAGCCAGCAGAGGACAGCAGAGAGGACAGAUACAGGGCUCAGCCAGCAGAGGGCAGCAGAGAGAACCACCUCUCGACAGAGCCACCCAGAGCUUCACAUCGAGCUCCAGUUCAACCCCCACCACGACCCCUCACACCAGGACCAAGCCAAUAUCGAGGCCCUAUCACCAUCAAGCAGGGACAGAAGCCCUCAAGAGGACAGCCAGAAGCCAGACCCACUACAGAGGGCAAGAAACAGCCAGAGGUCAAACCCUCAGAGGGCAAGAAACAGCCAGAGGUCAAACCCUCAACAGAGGGCAAGAAACAGCCAGAGGUCACACCCUCAACAGAGGGCAAAAGUCCACAGCUGCUGCAGGAGGGCAUCAUGGAAGCAUCAGGAUUCACCAGGACACACUACACUAACUGGUACGCAUCUAAUGCCCAGUUGCCCUCCUUUACAGAGCCCAUGGUUGCCGAGGCAACACAGCUGAUGGACAGGUAUCAGAAGUAUUGUAAUGAGUUCCAUUAUCCUGAUGGCAAAGGUGUGGUAGACUUCUCCAAGUUCAGCAUGUCUACAACACUUGGCGGUAAGGUGAGGGAGGUGGAUGAUCCUACAGAGGUAAACGCAGCCUUUGAGGAGUGGUACAGUGGCAUCAACCCUUUCACACCUAAAACUCCUACUGCUGCUGACAUACCCACUACCCAGCUACCCCAAGCCUCAGACUCAAAACCCACGCCAGACACCCCAGCCAAGGCUCCUCCCGCCCAGUCCAGGAAGAAACGGACACAAGCGAUGGCUCAGUCCAGGAGGGCAGAAAAGGUGAAGACAAAGGAUACCAAGAAAGUGGAACAAAUUGAGGAUAUCCCACCAGCCUCUCCCCCGUCUCCCAAGUGCCCUCCCUACCCGUCAGGCUCCUGGCACCCGUUCACGGUGGAUAAGUCCUGCUCGCGCCAGGCCCGCUGCCAGCACCGUGCCACUAACGCAGCGCUGCCACCCAACGUCACCAAGUGGUUGAACGUGAGGAGGAACUACCUGUGUGAGCCCCCCUGGGUCACCACGGCAACCCUAGCCACCUCCCUAGCGCUGAGAGAGAGAGAGGAGAGACUCGCUAGUGACAACACACAUUCAUUCACAAAUACUGGAGGAAAUAUUUAUACCAAGUAGUACAGUAGUCAUGUUAAGUCACCUAUUAAAAUUACACUGUAGACCAUAAGUCAGGAACAAAAAGAUUUUAUUAUUUUAAAAAUGUCAAAAAUGUUGAUAAUCUUUCAGAAACAAACAUUCGUAUUUUCCAGAUGAAUUAGAUUACAAACCAUUGAGGAGGUGGAGCAAGACAUUAAACAAAUACUUUUACAGCAAUUCUCUUUGUCAGUUGCCAGGAGACGAGGCCAGGAGGGCAUUGAAAACCCUAGAGUUUGAAGAUGAUACCUCAGACGACAAGGAGAAGCCAAAUAAGCAGGUGUAAUAACGCAGGACGUCAACCAUUUAGAGACAUAUGGAAGACCACCACUGUAUUGGCCACUAUGCUACAGCACACUAUGAAUUAGUAAAUGGACUGAGAGGAAAAUGGCAAAUUACACCCUAUUCCCUAGACAUAAACUCUCCAAAAACGUUCCUCAAAGCAGUCAGGGUAAAUAGAAACUUGGACAUUAGAAUGUGCCAACACGUCAAUCUUUAAACUCGGGGGAACUCCUAGAAAAGGUGGACAAGGAGCCACUGAACAGACUGACCUUAGAUGUGAAGUGAUGACUUUAUUUCAGUUCAUUUUACUGCGAUGCGUAAAACACACUGUCAGACUAGGAUGUAAAAAAAA